GCCUUGCCACGUGGGUACACACGCGCCAGCAGUGGAGGGCAGGGGGAGGGGCGGGGGGGCGAGCGCAACUGGAGCAGAGGCAACGGGGGGGGGUACCGGGGGGUGAACGGGGCGAAGGGGCAGGUGGUGGGAGGGCGGAUGAUGCAGGGGUUAGUGGUGCGGAGCAGGAGGGGCGUGCUACAGCAAAGAAUGCAAUCAGUCUUGGCACCACGUACGAGCAACUCCUCUCCACCAACCGACCCUUUCCCAAACCUGUGCCUCUGCCCGUGAGUCCCUUCCCUAGUGCCUCUUCUGCCAUUCUCCCCCCUCGUCUCGCCUCUCCCUUUUGUGUUUCCCACGUACUCGCAGUCUUGCCCCCAUCCACACAUCACCAUCUGAGUGUUAGCACAUUGUUGUGUGAUCUCUUCUCCUUGUCCCUCGUCCCUCGUCCCUCCCUCAGCCUUGUCAAAGGGGAUGAGGUCCGGAGGAGCUGGUGUGAUGCUGGCUGGGAUGGCAGUGGUCCGUGUCUCCCUCUGUCUCCCUCUGAGCCCGUCUCCACGUGCAUUUCUCGUUGCCCUCACCUCACCUCCCCCGCACAGCUCAUCAAGCCAUUCCUCCACUACCUCGUCUUCUCUGUCGCACCCUCUCCUCACCUCUAG